GAACCCUCCCUCUCGAAGUCAUCACCACCCUCCGUCCCUGCAAGCAGCCAUGGGAAAGGGUAAGCCACGUGGGCUUCAAGCCGCUCGCAAAUUGCGGACCACACGUCGUGAGAACCGAUGGGCAGACAAGCAGUACAAGAAGAGGGCUUUGGGUACUGCGUACAAGUCAUCUCCGUUCGGUGGAUCCUCGCACGCCAAAGGAAUUGUCCUUGAGAAAAUUGGUGUCGAAGCCAAGCAGCCGAACUCCGCUAUCCGGAAGUGUGUCCGUGCUCAACUCAUCAAGAAUGGCAAGAAGAUUACGGCCUUCGUCCCCAAUGAUGGUUGUUUGAACUUCAUCGAGGAGAACGACGAAGUUCUUAUCGCAGGGUUCGGUCGAAAAGGUCGUGCUGUUGGUGAUAUUCCCGGUGUCCGUUUCAAGGUUGUAAAGGUGGCUGGUGUCUCCCUCCUUGCGCUGUACAAGGAAAAGAAGGAGAAACCCCGUUCGUAGAUCCUGGUCCAUUUGUACAUUCUUAAUAAAUUCUUGGAACUUUUGAA